UCUGGCAGACGCCGGACUAGCGAACUAGCGAACCCGACUAUUGGCCGGCGGACUGUGAGACACCCAGAGAGCCAGAGAUCUCGGGAGUGUAUGAAGCUGACUAUCAAGUUCAGGCUCUCUUCGCCACGUAAAGUCAGUCCACGUUAGAUCAUGAUGAGUACAUCAGAGUCUUUGGAUCGAAUGGAACUGUGUGAAAGCCUCUUAACAUGGAUCCAGACAUUUGGAGUAGAGGCUCCAUGCAAGACUGUAGAAGACUUGACAAGUGGCGUCGUCAUGGCCCAAGUUCUGCAGAAAAUAGAUGUCGUGUAUUUCAGCGAUGCUUGGAUUAGUAGAAUCAAGCCAGAAGUUGGAGACAACUGGAGGUUAAAGAUCAGCAAUCUAAAGAAAAUCCUAAAAGGCAUCCUAGAUUAUAACCAGGAGGUCUUAGGCCAGCAUAUUAAUGAUUUCACACUACCUGAUGUUAAUCUUAUUGGAGAACACUCUGAUGCAGCAGAACUUGGGAGGAUGUUACAGCUUAUAUUGGGCUGUGCUGUCAACUGUGAACAGAAACAAGAAUACAUCCAGACCAUAAUGAUGAUGGAGGAAUCAGUGCAGCAUGUGGUCAUGACUGCCAUCCAAGAGCUGAUGAGUAAAGAGACUCCAGUCACAGGAGGAAAUGACUCAUAUGUGGAUCUGGACAGACAGCUGAAGAAGACAGUUGAGGAGUUGAAUGAUGCUUUGGCCACCAAGGAAGAGAUCGCCCAGAGGUGUCGUGAGCUCGACAUGCAGGUGGCAGCCCUGCAAGAGGAGAAGAGCAGUUUGCUAGCAGAAAACCAGGUUCUGAUGGAGAGACUUAACCAGUCUGACUCCAUAGAGGAUAUAAACAGCCCUGCUGGACGCAGACAUCUUCAGCUGCAGACGCAACUGGAGCAGCUACAGGAAGAAACUUUCAGGUUGGAGGCAGCAAAAGACGACUACCGGAUCCGUUGUGAGGAGCUUGAAAAAGAACUUUUGGAUGUAAAGUCCCAGAAUGAAGAACUUACAUCACUGGCUGAUGAAGCCCAGUCUCUCAAGGAUGAGAUGGAUGUCCUCAGGCACUCCUCUGACAAGGUGUCAAAACUAGAGGGCACCGUGGAACACUACAAGAAGAAACUGGAGGACAUGGGACUUCUCAGAAGACAAAACAAGCUUAUGGAGGAGAAACAUACAGCGUUAAUGCAGACGAACGUCGGCUUAGAAGAAGAGCUACGAAAGGCGAAUGCUGCCAAAGCUCAGUUGGAGACAUACAAGAGACAGGUUGUUGAACUUCAGAACAGACUGUCAGAAGAGUCUAAAAAGGCGGACAAGAUGGAGUUUGAGUAUAAACGCCUCAAAGAAAAAGUCGAUUCUUUACAAAAAGAAAAAGACCGUAUGCGAAGUGAGAGAGACUCAUUGAAGGAAACUAUAGAGGAACUACACUGUGUUCAAGCUCAGGAGGGACAGCUUACAUCAGGUUUAUUCCCACUGGGUAGCAAUGAUGGUUCUGAUUCACUGGCUGCUGAGAUCACCACCCCAGAGAUACGAGAACAUUUGAUUCGCCUUCAGCACGAAAACAAGAUGCUGAAACUGGCUCAGGAGGGAUCAGAUAAUGAGAAGAUCUCACUGUUGCAGAGUCUACUAGAAGACGCCAACAGAAGAAAAAGUGAACUGGAGACAGAGAACAGGUUGAUAAAUCAGCGCCUGAUGGAGGAGCAGAGUCAGGUAGAAGAGCUACAAAAGACUCUUCAAGAACAGGGUUCUAAAGCAGACGAUUCUUCUAUUUUGAAGAAGAAAUAUGAGGAGCACAUGGAGAAACUACGAGAUUUGAAUAAUGAGCUGUUGAAGAAAAAUGCCCUCAUCGAUGAAAUGGAGCCGAAAUACAACACCAGCACCCAACGAGUGGAGGAGCUGGAAGAGGCCUUGAAGAAAAAAGAUGAAGACAUGAAACAGAUGGAGGAGAGAUAUAAGAAAUACCUCGAAAAGGCCAAGAGUGUGAUCCGAACACUGGACCCCAAGCAGAACCAAGGUUCAGGUCCUGAGGUCCAAGCCCUGAAAAACCAGCUACAGGAGAAGGAGAGGAUGUUGCAUUCAUUGGAGAAAGAAAUGGAUAAGACAAAGAGCCAGAGAGAUCACGAGGAGAAACUGAUUGUGUCUGCCUGGUACAAUAUGGGUAUGACUCUACAGAAGAAGGCCGCUGAAGAUCGACUUGCCAACACUGGCUCCGGGCAGUCUUUCCUGGCCCGGCAGAGACAAGCCACCAGCACACGCCGCCAAUACCCCGGCCACGCCCAGUCAGCUACCGCAAGAUCCAUGAGGUAGAGAUGCCAAGAAAGGCUGCCCAAAUCUUGCACCACUUUUUUUUUUUUUUUUUUAAUUUUCCCUCCCCCUAAGCAUAUUUUACCUUGGCACCUAUGAUGCAAGACUUCUGCCUUUUAUCAAACCUCAGCAUACUUAAUAGGUUCUGACCAAUCACACCAAAUGUCCUCUCUCCCUCCCUCUCUACCAUUGACCUUCUUGAACCUGCACUAUAUGGUAAACCAGACCCCAAGGCUCAGAAGAAUUGCAUCUUCUUGACAAGUUACUGUCAUUUUUGAUAAGAGGAACCGCUCUACCUGUUCAUGCAGUAUUUAUGCACAUCUCUACCUGUAGUAACAUUUGACGUUCAGCUUUUUCUUUUCUUUUUUUUCCAAUGGACUUGCGUUAUCUGUUGUAACUCUUUAUAAUGUAGCUUUAAGGAGGUAAAAGCAGCUUUUAGUUUAAUGUGCCAGUGUUUCAUUUCAGCUGACUGUAAAACAGUUGCAACUAACGUAUACAUUGAACUGCAGGAAUAUGUAUUGUCUUAUGUAAAUGUUUGAUUUGCUUGCUAAAUGGGCUAACUAAUUUAACUGAUUGAUUUCAAAUAGGAAUGCAUGAUAUGCUGGUAAUAGUGCAGGAAUAAUUGUGAAUGGUAGCUUUUUUUUCCCCCUUAAGAUAGAAAAAACUCUUUUGGGUUCUGAAGUUGUUCCCGUGGGUGCAAUUCAAGGCUCGAUAGAUUUCAACAAAUGUGCUAGUGUACAUACUGGUGUAAAUUAGUUUGUUAAUUAAGAGGACAAAGAGCCACCAGCAGUUACAAUGUUGUCAGACAACACCUUAUGUGCCAUAGUGUUUGAUAUAAAUGUCUGUACCUCAGUAAUCUGUCAGCUUUACCUGUCCCCUAAUAAGACAUGACAAAAAAAAAUGUAUUCACAGAACGUUCGGCAGGCAAGUUUCAGACCUGGGGUCUGUGGGUUGAAAGAGGUUUAGUUUCUGGAUCACCAAUAAUGCCACAAAGUGGACAAUAAGAUCUAUUCAGUGUCAUACAUCAAAGUGGACUUACUAUCACUUUGUAUGCUCAGUUGCUAUCAUAGUGAAAGCAUUUUUUUUCGAGUUGUGUUAAAGGGUGUUAAAAUGAGCAUUACAUACAGGUAUACAAGUUUAAAUGGGAGUCUUGAAUUGGGUAUGCUUUUCUCAUGAUGUGUUUAACCCAUUAUUUGAUUCGUUGGCUUUACAUUGUCCUGUUUUAACACAUAUCAGGAACGAUCACUUACUAAUCUUGAAAUAAUUUUGCUUGUUGCCUCUUUAGAUCAGUUGCGUAUUAUUGAUUUUAGGCUAACAAGCCCUGUCAUCUGACCAUUACUUCUUUUCUUUUUUUUCUCCUCCCUCAACAGCAAUGUCCCUGCAUGACUGGCACACCAAUGACCUGCCCAAGCCUUGUGUAGCCUGGCCUGUCCUUUAUGUGGCCUACACUGACCGCCCUGGCUGGGCUAGGCUGAGGCACGCAAUGCAUGAACUACCUGCCUGUUUGCAUGACUUUGCAUUGACUCAAGCCCGCGAAUAACCAGCCCACUAGCAGCAGCACAAGCACUAACAACCCCUCUGCGGUGUCAUGCAUUCUAACCUCCAGACAAGCCCGGGAAGGAAUGGGAUUUAAAAAGAAAACCUUCACACUCCUUUCCCCAGUAAAUUUUUCCACCGUUCCGACUCCUUUCUUCACAUUUUGAUGCUCCUUGUCUUCAUCUCCUGCCCUCCAUCUCUCGUCUCCUCCCCUCUCCGUCUUCAUAAACAUGCUUGCUUGUGCUUCCACUCUGCAUCAAGUCUGUUACAAUUCCACCUAUGUUACAAACAAACAGGAAAGUGGACAGAUUAACUCAGCAUCAUCUGUCAAUUAACUUUUGGAUUUAAUAGACCUAUUCUCCAGUAUUUGUGUCUGAGCUGAAGUCAGCUGGCUGCUUAGGGAUACCUCAAUGACAUAUUCCCACAUAUCUGUUUCUGUUUGUAUGGCUCGAGGAUUGAGGUAAUAUUUGAGAGGUAUAACCUGCAAAUCAGUCUGCAUAACAAAAAAGGACUCCAUUCUCUUUUUAACUUCUACAGUAAGGGUUUCAUAUGAAAGCCCUGAACAUGUUGCUACAUUGCAUCUUAAAAGUGCUUUUACCUCAAGUAUUGAAUACAACCAGUUUUGGACUAAAGAUGCUUUGUGGCUUUUGUUACCCGGCAAGUGUUUGGAUAUAAAUAAGUGUUUAAAUGAAAGUCAUUGUUACAGAUGUGUUUUUAUAACUAGUAAAAGCCCCCAUUAAGCCUCCUUGGAUUUUUUUCUUAUCAUAUGGCUUUCUUUUCUUUUUUUUCCUCUCAAAUGCGAUACACAGUGUUUCUGGUAUUGGACAAAGUGCAGUUGGUUACUGCUUUGUCCAUUAUUUUUCUUGGGAGCAAAUAACCUGUGGCUUAGGCAAGAAGCUUACCUCUGUGUAGUGUGUCUUGCAUUUGAUCUACCUUUUGAAAUUAUUGGUAGAAAGGAAAUGAAACUCUACAUUAGCUCAUGCAGGCUAAUGUACUGUUAACUUAAAAUUGGUUCUUAUAUGCAAAAAGGGGAAAAGGUCUGAAAUGGUCUUGUUGAUCACAGAUUCUCCUUCAGUAUUUAAAAAAAAAAAAAAAACUUCACAUCAGGCAGGUGAGAGGUGUCCUACAUUUGUGUAACAGUGUUUCAUUUCUUUGUUAGUGCUGCUUAACAGGGUUGGGAAUAAUACAUCUUGCCAAUAAUGGUCAGUUGAGGAAGCUUACUAUUUAAACAUGCAGUGUCACACAAGACACAUGUAAUGUAUUAGUUAACAUUGAUGUUACUGUAAGUAAUAUUAUAGCCUUUUUAAAUGUGUU